GAGGCACAUUCGAAUUUUAGUACCCAUCAAGGACUCGGUUCGCGUUCAUUUGGGCAUCGUCAUCAUGGCGGGCAACCCCGUGAAGGUGAAGAUGGAACCUGUUUGGGACGACAUGGACAGGGCCAUAGGCCAAUUGUUCAUGAUGGGCUUUGACGGAACCGCGGUUACUCCUCAUAUCAGGACUAUCAUCGAAGAACACCAUGUCGGCUGUAUACUCCUCACCGCGAAGAACUUGAAAUCCGCCGAGGACACAACAAAGCUUUGUUACGAGUUGCAGAAAAUUGCAUAUGAUGCCGGCCACCCUGUUCCGUUGGCUAUCGGCGUUGACCAAGAGAAUGGUGGUGUUAACAGCCUUUUUGACGAAAUCUAUAUCCGCCAGUUUCCCAGCAACAUGGGGAUGGCAGCAACUGGCUCGACUGAUCUGGCAUUCGAAGUAGCGAAAGCGACUGCGCAAGAAAUAGCUGCCUGUGGAAUCAACUGGAUCUUCGGACCGUGUUUGGACGUACUCACCAAUGCCCGAAACCAACCUCUCGGAGUCAGAACAGCUGGAGACGACCCCCAAGAGGUCUCUGCGUAUGGCUGCGCUUUUAUGCAAGGCUACAAAGAAGCUGGCGUGGUGACGUUGGGCAAGCACUUUCCGUCCUACGGGAAUCUAGAGUUCCUCGGCUCUACUCUGGAUGUCCCUAUCAUCACGGAAUCGUUGGAGCAACUGAGCCUAAGUGCCUUGAUUCCAUUCAAGAAGGCCAUCGAAAUGGGUCUGGAUUCGAUGAUGGUAGGCGGUUGCGCAAUGUCCUCAGCCGGUCUGAACGCCAUGCACGCCUGCCUUUCAGAGCAAGUCGUCGACGGGUUGCUUCGAUCAGACCUCAAGUUUGAUGGCGUAGUUGUUUCAGAGUGCCUGGAGAUGGAUGCGCUCAGCCACAACAUCGGUGUAGGCGGUGGCACGGUGAUGGCGGUUAAUGCUGGUUGUGAUGUCGUCCUAUUAUGUCGUUCGUUUUCAUUCCAACAAGACGGAUUGAAAGGACUAAAGACCGGCAUUGAGAACGAAAUGGUCUCGAAAGACAGGAUUUUGAACUCGCUCAGACGUGUAUUAUCUAUGAAGGCCAAGUGUACAUCCUGGGAAAAAGCACUCAAUCCUCCCGGCAUGAGCUAUCUCGAGACUCUGCAGCCAUCCCACACGGCACUCUCAACGAAAGCGUACAACAGCUCUAUCUCGGUGGUCCGCGACAAGGACAGGCUACUCCCUCUCACGAAUAUCCUGGAAAGCGAGGAGGAGCUGCUGUUAUUGACGCCAUUGGUCAAGCCUUUGGCUGCAUCCGCCGCAUCGCGAGCAUUGUCAGACGCAGCUGCUAUCCACUCGCCUGAGCCCGCUGCCUGGGAGCGUAGUUCGUCUGUCAUGAGCGGGGAAGGUGUUUUCAGGGAACUGGGAAGAUCUUUGGCUAGACAGCGCAACGGACGAGUACUGCACACUUCGUACACUGCCAAUGGUGUCCGACCUGUUCACGAGAACCUCAUCAGCCGGGCAAGUGCGAUUAUCGUGCUCACGGCAGAUGCGAACCGAAACUUGUAUCAACAUGGGUUCACAAAACAUGUAUCCAUGAUCUGCAACAUGCAGUACACGACCGGCGGAGAAAGGCGCGAGAAGCCUCUGAUCGUGGUUGCGGUCAGUUCGCCCUACGACUUCGCAAUGGACACCUCGAUUGGCACAUAUAUCUGUACCUACGACUUUACAGAGACGGCUCUCAACUCGCUGGUGAGAGUACUCUAUGGCGAGCUUUCUCCUACUGGAACCCUUCCAGGCACCAUCAGCAAAAGCCAAAAGCUGCAUCCUUCGAAACAGCACUGGCUGGUUGAGAUAUUCAAUGAGGAGCGAGAUGCGAAUGCUCUAGACACUCUUGUCCAAGCGGUCAUGGAAGACACAGGGUCGAACCAACGAUCAGAGCUGUCGAGUUCCACGUCCAAUUCCUUCAUUCUGCAUCAUCCAGAAGUCGACGAAUCUCAUUUCGUCGUCAGGAAUAGCAGCACACAAGCCUUGUACGGCUUCUGCUCCACGUACUUCUUCAGAUCGACAGGGACUGGUGUGAUUGGUGCUCUUUUCGUUGACCCAGCGAGGAGGAAACUCUCAAUUGGCCAUUCUCUGCACAACCGAGCUAUCCGUACCUUACUACAAAAGGACGGAAUCAAGCGUUUCCAGCUGGGCUCACGACUACCCAGCAUGUAUCUGGGCAUUCCGACUGGCCACGGAUCUGAGCGAAAACGACUACGCCCAUGGUUUGCGAACCUUGGCUGGAAUGCUGCGCUUUCUCGCCCAGUUUGUAACAUGGUAGCCCGUAAUCUACAGACAUGGUCACCCCCUGAGGGAAUGGCAAAGAGCCUGGCAAGCGCUGGAGCACAGUUCGAUCUCGUAUACGGGUGGGACUAUGCCGGGCCUAUACUCGACCAUAUCAAGACCAGUAAUCGACAGGGAUUGGCCGAAGUCUAUAAGCUUGCGCUCUCGGACCCAGCAGCUUGCGGGAUCAUACGAGCGAAGCGACCGGAAGAUGGCGCCUUGGUGGGGACAGUGGUGCUCUACAACCAUCACUCACGGCUUUCAGAGUAUAUUCCCCCGCUGAAAGACCUCAACGAAGCUGCUGGCGGCAUAUCGUCUCCAGUGAUUUCACCUGGUGUGGGCGAAUACUCGACAUUGCUCCAAGGACUGAUUCUCCUCGGGAUGCGGCAGAUCAAGGCACAAGGGUGCAAUGCCUGCUUACUUGACUAUAUGGACGGUGACGGCAAUUUCGACGGCUUCUCAGCCAUGGGGUUCGACGUGAUGCACAACUUCGAGGAGGUCAGUUGCGAUGCUGCGACGUGGACUAUGAUCCCACCAGCUUAAUGCAUGAACGGUGACAUUCCAAUGUAAUCAAAAUAAUAUUGCGACACGGACAGGGUUAGAAAUUGAUGAGGGUUGGACUCAGCAUUGAUACAUUGAUGCAUUGAUGCGGUUGGUGGGGUUCUUGCUCUGUCCGCGGCUCUCUACACGUAUAUGGUCGUGUAUGGCCAGUUUAGGACGAUGCCGGGGUUCUC